GCACGGGCCGGCCGGGAUGCGCGCCCGGGCCCCGGCUCGCCCCGACCCGCCGGCCGCGAUGCCCGCCCCCCGAGGCCCCGGCGGCCCGCGCCCCUGCUAGGCUGCGGCGGCAUGGCCCGCGCGCCCGGCGCCACCUCUGCGGAUUGCAUCGCUGUGCGGCGGCGGGGCAUGCCCAGGGCACCGGGCACGGCCUUCAAUGGGCGAGGACACGGACACGCGGAAAAUUAACCACAGCUUCCUGCGGGACCACAGCUAUGUGACAGAAGCCGAUAUCAUCUCUACCGUCGAGUUCAACCACACCGGCGAGCUGCUGGCCACCGGCGACAAGGGUGGUCGCGUGGUCAUCUUCCAGCGGGAACCAGAGAGCAAACACGCGCCUCACAGCCAAGGCGAGUAUGACGUCUACAGCACGUUCCAGAGCCACGAGCCCGAGUUCGACUAUCUCAAGAGCCUGGAGAUCGAGGAGAAGAUCAACAAGAUCAAAUGGCUCCCGCAGCAGAACGCGGCCCACUCCCUGCUGUCCACCAACGAUAAAACCAUCAAACUCUGGAAGAUUACCGAGCGGGACAAGAGGCCCGAGGGUUAUAACCUGAAGGACGAGGAAGGAAAGCUCAAGGACCUGUCCACGGUGACGUCACUGCAGGUGCCCGUGCUGAAGCCCAUGGACCUGAUGGUGGAGGUCAGCCCCCGGAGGGUCUUCGCCAACGGCCACACCUACCACAUCAACUCCAUCUCCGUCAACAGCGACUGCGAGACCUACAUGUCGGCCGACGACCUGCGCAUCAACCUGUGGCACCUGGGAGUCACCGACCGCAGCUUCAACAUCGUGGACAUCAAGCCGGCCAACAUGGAGGAGCUGACCGAGGUGAUCACGGCGGCCGAGUUCCACCCGCUCCACUGCAACCUGUUUGUGUACAGCAGCAGCAAGGGCUCCCUGCGGCUCUGCGACAUGCGUGCGGCCGCCCUGUGCGACAAGCACUCCAAGCUCUUUGAAGAGCCUGAGGACCCGAGCAACCGCUCCUUCUUCUCGGAGAUCAUCUCCUCUGUGUCGGACGUGAAGUUCAGCCACAGCGGCCGCUACAUGCUCACCCGGGAUUACCUCACGGUCAAGGUCUGGGACCUGAACAUGGAGGCGAGGCCCAUAGAGACAUACCAGGUCCACGACUACCUUCGGAGCAAGCUCUGCUCCCUGUACGAGAACGACUGCAUCUUCGACAAGUUCGAGUGUGCCUGGAAUGGCAGCGACAGCGUCAUCAUGACCGGAGCCUACAACAACUUCUUCCGCAUGUUUGACCGCAACACCAAGCGUGAUGUCACGCUGGAAGCCUCUCGGGAGAGCAGCAAGCCGCGGGCCGUGCUCAAGCCGCGGCGCGUGUGCGUGGGCAGCAAGCGGCGGCGUGACGACAUCAGUGUGGACAGCCUGGACUUCACCAAGAAGAUCCUGCACACGGCCUGGCACCCGGCCGAGAACAUCAUCGCCAUCGCCGCCACCAACAACCUCUACAUCUUCCAGGACAAGGUCAACUCAGAGAUGCACUAGGCGUGCAAGGGCAGCUCGGAGUGGCCCUGGCGGGGGCAGUGGUCACUAGACCUGACCCCCAGCUCUGGAGAGGCCAGAGGGCCUGUGCUGGUCAUGGCCUGCUUCCAAGGAGGGGAGCGGGCUCCCCGGCGCCCCCAGGUGGGCCGGAGGGGGUGUCACCCUGCGGCCGGGUUCUUUCUGCACAGGCUGGGGAUGGGACCGCGGGGUCCCUCUUUCCCUCCCGCAGCCGCUUUCAGGGCGAGCGCCCUGCACCCCCGCCUCCCGGGCUCCUGGGGGCUGAGGGCAAGGCUCGGACAAGCCAGGUUUGUUUGGUUAGAGGGGAGCACGGACACUCCCGUACUGAUCCGGUCGCGGUGCUUGUUUAUUUAUUGAAUGGAAACAUGAAUCCAUACUGCAGGGGGGUCCAGGGGCGCCGGCCUUUCCGGCAGCUUGUCCAGCUCAUCCAGCUCUUCCAAGCUCCCGAACGGUCUGACGUUUGCUGAGAGGCAGGGGUGGGGGCACGUGGGAGUCCCCACCCCCUGUGUGUGUGUGCCUGUUCUUUCUAGAACCCCACCUUUGCUGGGUGCCAGGCAGGAGGGCGCCCGGCCAGGACACCCCGGGCAGCUGGGCCUGGCCUCCUUCCAGCUGGUGCCCCUUGUGGGAGUUCGGACUGGAUCGCUCCAGGACUGCGGAGAGCCGAUGGGGGACCCAGAGAGGCCAAGUGGGUCAGUGUCCAGGCCCGCAUGAGUAGGUGAACUCAUCAUCCUUCCCAGGGUGCAGAAGAGGAAGCUGAAGCCCCAGAGUGUGUUACACCCACGCCGUCCAGGGGCAGGAGGCCCCUCGGCCUUUCCCAAGGCAGACCUGUCCAGCCCAUCACAUCUCUGGCUCAUCAAUGUUGCCUCUGCGUACCACCAGUGGCUCACACUUAAACAUGGUUUCAUGGACAGAAAUCUCCGCUGCGUGGCUGUGUGUUAAAGGGACCUUCUCAGCCUGGAAGGUUCUGGCAAGGCCUCUGAGCCCUGUGACAGGGCUGCGACCCGAGUUCCAGAGAGAACCGAAUCGCAGAUGGAGAACGGAGAGGCCCCGCUCCUGUCUGGUCAGCUGCCGCUGGCGUCCCCCGGCGCUUUUCCAGGUGCACUGGAAAUUGCAUGUUAUCACCACGUUAGGAUGCUUUUUCUUUAAUCACCCCCUGGUCUCAGCGGGCUGCCUGGUUUUCAUCCCAGUCUUCUGCGCCAGCUCCGCCCGGCCCCACCCCUCCCGCAGACCACGCCCCUCCCUCAGACCACGCCCCUCCCUCAGACCACGCCCCAGUUGCGGGCCACACCCAAAUGCACAGACCACGCCCCACCCCAUCACAGGCUACGCCCCGUCCCUGUCACAGGCCACGCCCCCACCUGUCAUGCUCCGCCUGUGCAGUCUCCCCAGGUGGGUGGACCCUGGACCAUGUGGCCUCUGUAUUGUGAUGGGCAGUGCAGAGGCCCAGGAAAACCAACUUUUUUUUUUUUUAAACGAGACGCAACUGAACCCAGGAAACGACCCUCCCCAGACUCUUCAACUGGUAACUGCAUACUGUCGUGUGUGGAAAGCGCAGGCGCAUGGCACUCACUUCCAGCCCUACAAUAGCUCCAGCAGGAAAUAGGUUUCUUCUUCUCUUUUUCUUUUUUCUUUUUUGGCUUUGUUUUUAAACCUCCGUGAAUGAAGAAUGUUUCUAUCUCGCUGUCAGCUCCAGGUGACCUGGACAGUAUUAUAUGUACAUAACUAUUCUAAUUAAAUUUAAUAAUCAUAGCAUUCCGUCCUUUCUUUCCCCCCUGUAAAGAAGCUUGAGACCCGUGGUGAAUUGUAUAGAAAUCUUAUUGAUGUGGAAAUCCAGCCCUGGGGGGCCUUCGGGCAUUACUCAGCUCUGUCGUGGCACAAUCCAGCUCCUUCCUGCCUGCCCGGUGCCAGGGGAAGGGGCCUCGGCACCGCGGUGACCGCCCUGACUUCUGAUGGAAACUUGGAGGACCGUGCCAGAGAGGAACUGCAGCUCUCGGGCGAGUGGAGACGGCCUGUCUCCUCCAGUGAGACUCGUCCCCAGCUCUCGGGGGACUGGCCGUCUCUCCAGAGCCACCGGGGGAGCUUGCGGUGGGCGAAGAAAGGCAGUUGGGGGCGGGGAGGUGCACAGCCACGGAGGUGGCUCCCCGACCGCCUCACUGUCCACUCUGGAGUGUCCUGGAGUGUGUCGUGGUGGCGCAGUGGCUCCUGAGCGGGGUGGUGCGUGGUGGUAGUGUAGAGGACCCUGUCCCAGACUGUGUGAGUGACCAUUGGUGCAUCCCCUCCCCUUGGUGUCUCACAAACAAUCCAGCUGUUGAAUACAAUUAUAAAUAUGUUAAUACCAGCUUUUUCCAAUAAAAUAACAAAUGUCACAUUGCAAA